AUGGCUUCCCAGGAGAGGGUGGACUCAGUGACAAAAGGAACCGGGUUCCACCGCUGCCGUAAGCAAGCUGCUUACACGCCUGGGACCUGUGAGCUGCUCAGAGUGAUGAUGAAGGAGUCCAAACUGACAAACUUCCAGCAACGCCACAUCAUGGACACCAUGAAAAGAGAUCUGGAGAAAGAGAAACGAAGACUCCAAAAUAUCUUUGCCACUGGAAAGGACAUGGAGGAACGGAAAAAGGGUCCCAACGUUCGGAAAGAAGACCCGGCUCCUGAGCUGGACCGGUUUGACGAAUUGGUGAAGGAAAUCCAGGACAGGAAAGAAUUCUUGGCUGCCAUGGAGGCUCUGGGACAGGGCAAGCAAUACCGAGGAAUCAUCCUGGCUGAAAUCUCCCAGAAACUACGGGAAAUGGAGGACAUUGAUCGCAGGAGGAGCAUGGAGCUUACGAAGGCCCUCGCCACCACUUAA